AUGCUAAUUCAGUCGAUGGAGACACAUCAUCUUAUGGACGAAGCACUUGUGAAUAAUCCCGAUACUCGUACUGAAACGGAUACAUUUGGUCCAAUUAAAGUACCCUCGAAUCGUUAUUAUGGUGCUCAAACAGCUCGUUCAAUGCUUCAUUUCAAUAUCGGUAUUCCGACAGAUCGUAUGCCAUUACCAUUGAUUGAAGCAUUCGGUUUAUUGAAAAAAGCAUGUGCUAUUGUCAACCAACAGCAUGGUUUAGAUAAAAAAGUCGCUGAUGGAAUAAUUCAAGCAUGUGAAGAAGUUAUUCAAGGAAAACUAAAUGAUAAUUUUCCGUUAAGUGUGUGGCAAACGGGUUCUGGCACUCAAACGAAUAUGAAUGUAAAUGAAGUAAUCAGUAAUCGAGCAAUUGAAAUAUUAGGAGGACAAAUGGGCUCAAAAAUGCCAGUACAUCCAAAUGAUCAUGUAAACAUGAGUCAAAGUUCAAAUGAUACAUUUCCUACGGCGAUGCAUGUAGCUGCUGUAUUAGAACUCAAUCGUCAAUUACUUCCCGCAUUAAAACAUUUACACGAUGAAUUAAAAAAAAAACAAGAACAAUUUCAGUUGAUUUACAAAAUUGGACGAACACAUCUUCAAGAUGCUGUACCAAUGACGUUAGGACAAGAAUUUUCCGGUUAUACACAUCAAAUUCAAAUGGGUAUUGAACGUUUGAAAACGUGUGAAAAACGGCUACAUGAAUUAGCUAUUGGAGGUACAGCUGUUGGGACAGGAAUUAAUACUCCAAAAGGGUUUGGAAAAUCAGUUGCAGAAGCUUUGCAUGACAUAACAAAAUUGCCGUUCGUUGAUGCGCCAAAUAAAUUUGAAGCUUUAGCUACCCAUGAUACAAUGGUUGAAUUAAGUGGUUCAUUGAACACAUUAGCAGUCAGUUUAAUGAAAAUCGGCAAUGACAUUCGUUUACUUGGAUCGGGACCUCGUUGUGGUAUUGGAGAAUUAAUCUUACCUGAAAAUGAACCGGGUAGUUCCAUAAUGCCAGGCAAAGUAAAUCCUACUCAAUGUGAGGCAUUGACCAUGGUCGCAGCUCAAGUAAUGGGUAAUCACGUUGCUGUAACAGUUGGUGGAUCAAUGGGUCAUUUUGAAUUGAACGUAUUUAAACCAUUAAUAAUUAAAAAUGUUUUACAUUCUAUUCGUAUUCUGUCUGAUGUAUGUAAAUCGUUUACAGAGCAUUGUGUGAUUGGCAUAGAACCAAAUAUACCUGUACUGACUAAAUACAUGAAAGAAUCGUUAAUGUUAGUGACAGCAUUAAAUCCAGUAAUAGGCUAUGAUAAAGCAGCAAAAAUAGCAAAAAAAGCACACAAAGAGGGAACAACAUUAAAAGAGGCAACAUUAGAAUUAGGGUUUUUGACAGAAGAAGAGUUUGAUAAAUAUGUGAAUCCAAAACAUAUGGUGUAA